AUGGCGUACGAUCAAAGAGCAAAGAGGAGAAAGACCGACGACGAAGGCUACGUCGACACAACGAGGAUGUCGUCCAAGUUCCAACCCUACGAGGGCGGUAGAGCUUGGACAGUCUCAGUCGCGAUUCCGAGCAGCAUUCUCACAGAUGCCAUAACAGCCGAGCGCCGCACUGCCGUCGCCGGCCGUAUCGCCCGAGCCCUCGCCGUCUUCUCCGUCGACGAGAUCGUCCUCUUCGACGACAGCCCCGUUGAGUCCCGUCCCAAGAACGUCGACACGAAGGCCUACACCGGCGACGUCGACGGCUGCCACUUCCUCGAGCACCUCCUCGGCUACCUCGAAGUGCCGCCCUUCAUGCGCAAGAUGCUCUUCCCGCUCCACGCGAACCUGCGCCUCGCCAACCAGCUUCCCGCGCUCGAGAUGCCACACCACCCGAACCCUGCCGACUGGCUGCCGUACCGCGAGGGCGUCGCCAGCAAGGGGGUGCCCCAGGGCACCAUGAUCGACGUCGGGCUGAAGAACCAUGUCCUGAUCGAAGACGAGGUGCCCCCGAACACGCGCGUGACGCUGUCGUACCCGGACUACAACACCGACAAGGCGGAGGCAUGCGAUCCGUCGGCGCCGAGGGAAGAGGGCGGCUACUACUGGGGCUACCAGGUGCGGCGCGCCAACUCGCUGUCGUCGGUGUUCACCGAGUGCAAGUACGAGGGCGGCUACGACGUCAGCAUCGGCACGUCGGAGCGCGGGCGCUCCCUCUCGGACGCGUUCCCCAGCGCGGCGCCCUUGGACUUCAAGCACCUGCUCAUCGUGUUCGGCGGGCCUAGAGGCAUCGAAUACGCGGCGCUGAACGACAAGGAGCUCGAGGGCAUGGAGAUGACCCCGGCGAAGGCGAGGGAGCUGUUCGACCACUGGGUGGACGUGCUGCCUGGGCAGGGAAGCCGCACCAUCCGGACGGACGAGGCCAUCUGGGUGGCGCUUACGAGCCUGAGGAGGCUGUGGGUUGAGGUCUGA